AUGGUCCAUUUAAGUCUAACAGUAACAGACAAGAAAAAUGUUAAGAAGCAAAUGGUCUUGAGAUAUGAUUUUGCAGGAAAAGUGGAUGUUGUGGUGUCGAGAUAUGAUUGCAAGAUUAAAGCCAAAGAAAGGCCGAGAUCUGUUGGGCUUCUUGAGGAAGUAUUGGGCCUUGCAGGGCCUCAUCUUUCAAACCUUAUCCACACCCACCGACACCUUCCAAAGCGACUUAACUUGCACUAA